UGGGCCUCAGGCACAUGUAUAUAACAGGGCUGUGAGCCUUUCUUCAUGAGCAGCUAGAGCUCCCUUGAAUAUAAGGCUUCUGGUUGUGAGAUGCUGUGGGAGCCCCUUCCAUUGCUCUUCAGACCCGUUCAAGUUUUUCUGCCACAUUUCCUGCUCGGCUCUUAUUUAUAUCUUCUUCUGGUCCUAGGGAAACCAGAAGUGGGAGAAAUCGGACAAAAAGGAACCUCUUUCCAGAGUUUUAAAAGACAAAGAGAAGAAUCAUGUCCAUGAUUGCAGCUUUCUAUAGUGGCAAGUCCAUCCUCAUUACUGGGGCCACAGGCUUCAUGGGCAAAGUGUUGAUGGAGAAGCUGUUUCGCACCAGCCCCGACCUGAAAGUCAUUUACAUCCUUGUGAGGCCCAAGGCUGGCCAGACAACGCAGCAGAGGGUUUUCCAGAUCCUAAAUAGUAAGCUGUUUGAAAAAGUCAAAGAAAUUUGUCCAAACGUGCAUGAGAAGAUCAGAGCUAUCUAUGCAGAUCUCAAUCAGAAUGACUUUGCCAUCAGCAAGGAGGACAUGCAAGAGCUUCUCUCCUGUACAAACAUUGUCUUCCACUGUGCAGCUACUGUGCGCUUUGAUGAUCAUCUGAGACAUGCCGUGCAACUUAACGUCACUGCCACCCAGCAGCUCUUGCUUAUGGCCAGUCAGAUGCCCAAGCUUGAAGCCUUCAUACAUAUCUCCACUGCCUUUUCAAAUUGUAACCUGACGCACAUCGAUGAGGUCAUCUACCCGUGCUCUGUGGAGCCAAAAAAAAUUAUCGACUCCAUGGAGUGGUUAGAUGAUGCUAUUAUUGAUGAGAUCACACCCAAGCUGAUCGGGGAUCGGCCCAAUAUUUACACGUACACCAAGGCCUUGGGAGAGAUGGUGGUGCAGCAGGAGAGCGAGAACCUAAACAUUGCCAUCAUAAGGCCCUCCAUUGUGGGAGCAACCUGGCAGGAGCCUUUCCCGGGUUGGGUUGAUAACUUAAAUGGACCUAGCGGCCUCAUUAUUGCGGCUGGCAAAGGGUUUCUUCGGUCAAUAAGAGCUACUCCGAUGGCUGUGGCAGAUUUAAUUCCCGUUGAUACAGUUGUCAAUCUCACCUUGGCUGUGGGAUGGUACACAGCUGUUCACAGACCUAAGUCAACAUUAAUCUACCACUGUACAUCUGGUAACCUCAAUCCUUGUAAUUGGAGAGAAAUGGGAUUCCAAGUCUUGGCAACCUUUGAAAAAGUCCCAUUUGAGAGAGCUUUUAGGAGGCCAAAUGCAGACUUCACAACCAACACCAUCACAAGCCAGUACUGGAAUGCAGUCAGCCACCGGGCCCCUGCCAUCAUCUAUGACUUCUAUCUGCGGCUCACAGGAAGGAAGCCCAGGAUGACAAAGGUCAUGAAUCGGCUUUUAAAAACCGUUUCCAUGCUGGAGUAUUUUGUCAACCGGAGUUGGGAAUGGAGCACGUACAAUACGGAAAUGCUGAUGUCUGAGCUGAGUCCUGAAGAUCAGAGAGUAUUCAACUUUGAUGUGCGCCAGUUGAACUGGUUGGAAUACAUUGAAAAUUAUGUUUUAGGAGUUAAGAAGUACUUAUUGAAAGAGGAUAUGGCUGGGAUCCCAGAAGCAAAACAACAUUUGAAAAGGCUCCGAAAUAUUCACUACCUCUUUAAUACUGCCCUCCUCCUCAUCGCCUGGCGCCUUCUCAUUGCAAGAUCUCAGAUGGCUCGGAAUGUCUGGUUCUUCAUUGUGAGCUUCUGUUAUAAAUUCCUCUCCUACUUUAGGGCAUCCAGCACGCUUAAGGUCUAAGAACACUGGGCAAGCUCCUUUUAUCUGGAACCUUUUGGAUACCUCUAAAACAGCAAACUGUGGUUCUCAAGAUUAGGAAGUAACAAAGAAUAUGCCCAAGCUCAUUACCUGUCAAAUGUGUUGUCAUGUCUUCAUGUUUCUUACCUAUAUAUUUUUAUUUCAGUGAGAGAAGGAAAGUCAUAUCCUAGCCUAUAAUCAUACAUAUCUUAGGAAAAAUUAUUUCCAGAUUGCUUCCUAACACUCCAUUCUGUGCCCUUGAAUAUAAAACACCAAAGUACAUUUAUCUGUCCAUAUUUAGGUUUUUUUCUCUUGAGAGGACUAAUUUUGACUCCAUGAACAUGGAAGAACACAUGAUAGAAGCUGAAAUAUGCUAAAAGGCAGUUCUAACCUUGGAAUCAUUCUGAGGUACCCAGUAUAAAGGUUUAAAAUCAAGAUGAAGUUGAGGAAGAAUGAUCUUCUCAUCCUCAGAAAUACUGUAAAAGAAAUAAUUCUCUACUGAAAUCUCAGCUUCCUUUUUGUGUUAUACCAUGAAGACUUGAUUGAAGGCUGCGGGAAUUGGAAAAGUGGGUUCACAUUUAGCACUUCCCUCAACUACACCCACUUCUGAAAUCUAAAAAAAAAAAAUGAGAUAUAAAUAAUUAUGUACAGAAUGAGGGCUCAAACGUACAUAGUUGCAUUGGGACUGUUUAUGCUUAUAAGUAAAAUUAGUUCUCAUAAUUUGAAACUGACAACUAUUAUUUCUAAAUCUUUUGAAUCACCCAUUUUCCUGAUAACCUUCUCCCAAGAGUUUCCUUUUUAUUCACUGAAGUCACCAAACCCCUUCUAUUUAAGCUUAUUUUGCUCAGGCCUCAGGGUGAGAGUGACUAAUGGGAGGAAGGUACUAGGCUAGAAUCUUAAAAAAAAAAAAACAGUCCCCUGAUCUUUGCCAGUGAGGAAAGCAAAAUUUUAAAUAUAAAUGUAAAUAUUUAGUCUUUUUCUGCAAUGUGGUGAAGAUUACCCUUCUGUGAUCACCAGGACUUGCUAGUAUCUUGAUCAUUCCACUUGCACAAUGUUAACUGUACAAUGUACAGCUGAAAAGGAUAGACUUCACUAAAUGACUGUCAGUUUAGAGAACAGGUGUUGUUUAUUUAAAAAUAUUUUAUGUAUAAUACCAAUGAAUUAAUGGGUAAAAACUAUUUAUUCUCAAAUCCCUAUAUUAAUAAUAUAACUGUUAUCCUGACUUUCCUCGCAUUUGAGAGAUCAGUGUACGUUGGAUUGCAGCAUUUCAUGUUAAAAACAUGAUUAUUCAAAUAUAGUAUUUGGGACCUAAGUAACUAAAAAUAAUCACACCUACUAGAAAAUUACACAAGCAUAAACUGGUAAGGAAGGCAGUUAUAAGUAUGCUCACUUUCUGGAAUAAUUAGUAAUACUCAGAAAGCUGCGCAUGUAGUUGCAGUGCACAAGGCUUGAGGGCAGCUUCUCGUCCGGUAUUACUUGAGAUUUUUCUGAACACCAUAAAGGGCAUCUGGGGGGAGCUCUUCUGGGCAGUAUCUUUUCCAAUCUCAUCUAAGGUCUGGGAACUUCUUUCCAGGGCAGAAAAACCAGCUCUGAAGCAAAGCACUUGGUGAUCUUUAGUUUGAGAUGUCUAUAUGAUACUUCUGAGUUACACGGAUUAAGAUACAAACUACAGAUAUGAUAAAAAUGAAGUCAAGUUAUAAUUCAAUGAGACUGGAUAAAACAUAAUUAUUCUAAAAAUUUACUAUCUUUUGAUUAUUCACCAAUUCCAUAAAUUCCACUGAUCAAGUAUUCAUUUUGACUUUUGAUUAAAUGAAAGUUUGAAUUAAAAAAAAUGUUUUCCUCUUCUAGUGUUGUAUCUUUAACUGCUAACUACUACAGAUCUCCUCCCUCCCCAGAGGAAAAAAGAUAGAAUUUUCCAAAGAAACUACCAGAUGAGUAUAAAUUUUAACACAUAGAUACAUAAUGCUUAAAUGUUUUCUGAUACCAUUAAUAGGGUUACAUUUAAAGCAUGUUUUAUCUGUGGUAUUAAAGAAAUGACACAAAGUUCUGUGAUGAUUAAGCAAUAAAAAUAGGUAUCGUU